AUGGACUCCAGAGGACUGAUAAUAGGAAUGAUAAUCUUAUUACAGACAACAGUUGGAAUUCUGGGAAAUUUUUUUCUCCUUUCCCACUAUCUAAUCCUUUACUAUCAUGAAUGCUCUCUGAAGACUACAGAUUUGAUCCUCAAGCACUUGACUAUGGCCAACACCUUGAUCAUUCUCUCUAAAGGAGUGUCCCACAUAAUGACAGCUUUUGGACUGAAAGAGUUUAUCAGUGAGAUUGGUUGUAGAUUUUCUUUGUAUGUUCAAAGAGUGGGCAGGAGCAUGUCCAUUGGUUCCACCUGCAUCUUGAGUGUCUUCCAGGCCAUCACCAUCAGCCCCAGGAGUUCUGACUGGAAGGGCCUUAAAACUAAAGCACCAAAGUACAUUGGUCUCUUCCUUUCCCUCUGUUGGAUACUGUACUUGAUUGUAAAUAUUAUUUUCCCUAUAUAUCUAUUAAAUAAAAAAGUGAAAAGCCAAAACAUGACAAAAGCAAAAAGUUUUGAAUAUUGUUCUCCUGGAGAUCGUGAUGGCAUCAUGGACUCACUGUAUAUGGCAUUAUUUGUAUUCCCUGAAGUUUUGUUCUCUGUGCUCAUCCUCUGGUCCAAUGGCUUCAUGGUUGUCAUUCUGUAUAGACACAAAAAGCAAGUUCAACACAUCCAUAGCACUAACGUUUCCUUCAGAGCUUCUCCUGAAUCCAGAGCCAGUUGCACCAUCCUGAUCCUUGUUUCUUUCUUUUUGACUUUCUACACCCUCUCUUCCAUCUUAAAUGCGUGCAUUGCUUUUUUGAAUAGUCCUUCUUGGUGGCUGGUAAACAUUAACAACAUUAUCUCUAUGUGUUUUCCCUCUUUUGGAACACUAGUUCUCAUGAAUAAUGCCCCCACCUUCUCCAGAUUCUGCUUUAUUUGGAUAAGAAAUAAAAAAUCUCCUAAUUUUAAGGUAGCUAUGUAA